AUGUCUGCGGGGAAAAUCGAUAUAAAAUUGAACGAAAUUCUCAAGUCUAAUAGGGCUCUUAGUGAUCGAUCUGCGGAAGAUCUCUUUGAUUGGUUCGCCUGCCAGGACCAGUCGGAGCAUGCGAGUGUGCGGCCGGUGGUGUUGACGCUGGCUGAGCGGCAAGCACGGUGCAAGGGACUGACGCUAAAAUCUCUCGUAUGCCUCGCUGGUACAUAUCACCGCACCAACGUAACAGCUUUGAAGCAUCUUGCGCAAUCUACACACUACACGACAUUCGAACUGACGCAAUAUAUCGACAUUCUCCUCACGCCUAAUCCCGCCAGACGCUUUGGUAGAGUGUUAGAUAUGCUGCACUGCUUCUCGAUCAAUUUCCCUGCCAUUCUCGCGAAUUCAGCCUUUGUCUUGUUCAGAUACCUCAAUGGAAUCUAUCUCAAAUUGGAGCGAGGAGACAAGCUGGUUGUAAUGGAUAUUCUCUACAACAUGCUUCAACAGUCUUUGCAUGAUUCAAACACAGCAACGCUGAUAUCAGAAGCCUUCAAUUUCAUACUCGACAGAACACCACCACCGGAGCUAAGUGACAGGCCUUUGAAGAAUGCAUCAAUGAUGUCAGAUUUCGAAACAACUACUGAGAGUAGUACGCUGCUUAUCCCUCUUACUAAUUUCGAUCUGCAGAUCGUCGGUCAAAGAUUAGAAUUGCUCGUGCUGGAUGUCAUGGAUGUGGAUGUAGAUCUGCCUAGCAAGAGUGCAAGUGGGGCUGAAAUAACACCACCAGUGCCAGAUCUCCCACCCAGACCAACCAGAGACCCUCGCAUCGAUGUCGUGUUGGACAUCUUCCCAGACCAGAGUCCAUCUUUCGUCGAGAAGGCGCUCACCUUACCGCAGUACGCCGCUCCAGAGGCUCUCGUAGAGGCGUUGCUUGAGGGUACCGUGCACAUCCCGCAGGACGAGCCUGUCGAACAGCCUAGGGACACGGACGAGGCGGAUGAGCUUGACUUCAGCAGACUGCGCAUCGGUAAAGCCAAGAACUUCGGUCUCACGAUGGACGAUGCAGCGCGCGAGGAGCUCAAAGCAUCCGUCGUGCGCAGGGCGGAAGAGGCGCAGAUCGAGGAGAUAGAAGCCGAAGCUGAAGACCAACUGGAAGAUGAAGAAGAGAUGGCUUUAGCUGUCAGGAGCAGACCGAUGGCAAGUGCUAGUAGCGCAUCGACAGACACAGCUACGCCACAAGUUGAUUACAGCAUUUUGGAGAAGGCCUUCCAGGAAAACGCCGCUGUGUUCGACAAAUCCUCCGUCACCCGCAGAGGGAAGGAGCGCGAAGGCCUGCGUCAAGCUAGUGGACUCGACGAUAGUCAAAUAGAAGGCUGGUAUUCGCAGGUGAUGAGGAAUCCACGCAAGAUUCAAAGAUUGUCGCAGGAGAAGGAUAUCGUAAACAAUAAUUUAGAUGUACCUGUGCAGGAAGGUAGGUCUAGGCAUUCCAGAGGCGGUUCAAGAGGUAGAGGCGCUAGUCGAGGUGGUGCAGGUGGUGGUGCUGGCGGAAGAGGUAGAGCUCCAACGCAAGGUGCUGGUCAUAGUGGCAAUAAUCGUCAGCGCCAGAACAAGGAGAAACAGGGCAAUGCUCAGCGCAAAAAAGGUCACGAUAAGAAGUUCGCUGGUCAAGCUGGGUAG